UCUUGUUGCGGGUGAAUGUGUGUGUACACACGGAUGACGAACCACACGCAACCGCGCGGAUAUGUGAUGUUUAAUAAAUCGAAGACUACGAGAAAAGCGGCUUUUGUAGCAUAUUUCUAUUUCGUUUAAAAACAUGUCAGCCUUUGUGGCCCAUCCGUCAGUUCGCGUUAGGGGAACGGAGCUCACAUACACACCUGUGUUGUGUCAGGAUGAGAAGUGUGCAGGGCAAGAGAAAGGAGUGCACAUGCACUGCCCACUGUGCUCUGUGAUUGAGUCUUACCAAGAUCCUGUAAUCCUUCGAGCUCACUUCCGCAUUAAACAUGUUGACAAAGGCAUUGACUUUGCAGGUUUGAAGGUACUACGCUGCUGUAAUCACUGUGAGAUUGUAGGCACUAUUAAAGGAGAAAAGAGGUUCAAGGGUGCUCACUGGCACUGCUAUCGCUGUAGAAAUGGUUUCAACAGAAGGGAUGAGGCCAUAAAACACUAUAAUACACAUUUCCGAAAUCCUCACACCACAUUCCAGAUCCAAGUCACACAGAAUGUGAACUGCCGACAGUAUUACGGUGACAGUUCAGAGGCACGUGCUAAAGCAUAUGAAGGGCUAACAGUGAGUCUUGGACCAGAUGGUGCUAGCAUUGGAUCGAUCUUAACCCAGCCCGUCCUUAACACUGGCACUGAAACCCUAUUGACUGUGGAGCCAAAGUAUGACUGUGAGAGAACUGGAAUCCCAUUGGGUGCUGAGGAGGAGGUGGGCUCUUCCCAGAAUUCUGAUGGGACACAGACCCUUGUUCUGAUGGAUGCUGAUGGACAGGGAAGCAGUGUGAUCUAUGACACAGCUACUGGCAUACUUACGGAACAGGAGGUAGAGGGUUUGGAACAGAGCCUGCUACAGAAACGACUCCUCGAGCUUCACCAGCAGAUAGACACACUCCGUCAGGAAAAGGAGAGUAUGGAGAAGACUUUACGUGGUGAGAUCAAACAGCUCAAAGAACAGGUUGCAAGCCUGGUGCAGUCUAAUGUAAGGAUGUUUGAGGAACUGCAAGCAUAUCAAUGCCCGGACCACAGCCAGCAAAAAGUAGCCAAGCUUAUGGAAAGCCUUGAAGCUCAGCACAAGGAGCUACUGCAGGCACAGCUCGCCUCACUCAGGAGAGAGAUCUUGUCAGGGACAGAUUACAUGCCAAUCAAUGGCCACAAGGGGGCGCUGGAGCUCAGUUUGGAUUUAGAGGAGCAACAGGCAAAAGCAAUCAGUGGCUCUGAAACAGGACUAGAGGAUUUACAACUACAAACCGACCAACAUGAGGAAUUGAAAUCCUCAGAGCUGGAACUUGUGCCAACAGAUACAAUGCCUUGUUUGGAGAGCCCCAGUUUGGACAUAGAUUUGUCAAACACUGGACUGACCACCAAUGUUUUAGAAGAUAAACAAGAAGUGUCAUUGUCUCCUGUGUCGUCUAAGAAGCGCAGUUUGGUGGAUGACACAGAACGGACUGUAGAAACAAAAGUACAGAGAGUCUGCUGAGUUUGGCUGCCUUCAUUCCUUUUUCAUAGUGCUGUUAUGAAUUACUGUUAAAUUUGCCAUGCAUCUUCUGGUCAUAAAUGAUCUGUCCAUAAUCGGUUUUUGCCUAUAAAUAAAUGUUUAAAUACAGUACUUGAUUUGGCCUUACCAGUGGUGGCCAGAAGAACAUAUAGGCAUGUUUGAAUUGUUAAAUUUAUAGAAUCCAAUAUUUUUUAAAUCUUUCUUAUCCAUGCUUAUUUGAUGUUAUUGUUGUUACAUGCAGAUAUGAUCUGAGAUCUCACAUAUUCAUUGUCUUAUACUCAUAUCAUUGAUAUCUAUGUUGGAUGUGAAGUAUGGGUUAUUUAAACAUUAACAUUAAUGGUCAUGAAAUAAUAAAAAAAUGGAACAUUAAUGAUCAUUAACAAAAAUAUUAUUAAUGGUUGUAUACUGAUUUUUAGCAUUUCUGUUAUUUAAGUUGUAAAUUGUUAUCCAGAGCUGAAAAGGAUCUGUAAAUCAUUUGUAAGUCAUUUUUGUGGAGGAUUUGUAUACAUUUUUUAUUUUAUAUAGGCAUACAAAAAAUAUUUUGAUAAACAAUAAUAAACUUUCUUUAGUUGUUUGCUAAAAUUCACAUGGACCUUUCAAGACAUUUAUCAGCAGCAGCCUACAUUUCUCAC